AUGUCAACUAGUCAAGCUAAUAUAAUCUCUGUGAUUCAUGAAUACGAAAUACUAUAUACCACUAGGAUUCAACAGAAAUCAAAGAAUUGGAAUGAUGGAAAAUUGACAUUUUAUGAGUUCAAUAAGAAAAUGGAGAUACAUAAUGAAGAUGGCAUGCUAUUAGCCACAGACUUCUAUAAAUCCAAACUGAUAUCUAAUAUUUUAAACAGUGUCUUGACAAAUAAUAAUGAGUUUCGACUACCCAAUUCCAAUUAUCUUAUUCAAAUUCAAGAAAAGAUACGUGUUUUCGAAAGAGAAGUUAGUAUAAGAGCAAAGACUAGUGAUAGCCAGCAGUUGGAAAAGAGCAUUAUAAAGAAUGGAUCUAUUUCAAAUGGGGGAAAUAUAAUAAGUAAAACUCCAAGUUUGGGCCUUGCGUCAACGUCACACAGGAAAAUUACACCAAGAAACUUAGUCAUCACAGACAGUAAAAACCAAAGCUCGUACAUUAAUAAAAAUGUGACGAAACUGGUCUAUAGUUCAAUGGGAGUCACCAGAAUGGAUAAAGCUCAUUCGCCUAAAAAUAAUACAACUCAAAAUAUAGCCAAUCCGUCCAGUUUGGAAUCCAAUAGGAACAAGGUUCAAUCAGCACCAAAACCACUACGAUAUCAAAGUAGUUCUAAUAUGAUUGGCACUACUCGACAAGUCAGUAGAACUUCUGUGGGGUCAAAGAUUGCUAGAAACAAGGUGCAUACCAGUGAGUUAUUAAACAUUGAUUCAAAAGUUUCCAAAAGACUUACGUUUAGAAUUCCACCCCGAACUUCGACGUACUUUCAAUAUAUAUAUACACCUAGGAAUGAAAUUGAGAGGUAUGAUGUUGCUGCAAAUGAUGUUAGCAUAUAUAAGCCAUUGGUCAUUUCUGGAAAUGAACCAUCUGAACCAGGGGAAGAAUUGAUUCAAGAAGAGAUGAAUGGGCAAGAAAGUAAGGAAGAUGGUGAAAAUCAAGAGACGGAUAAAAGUGUGCACAAUACUUCUGAGAAAGAAAUUAGGAAUGAUUCGACACCCAAUCAGCUAAAACUUGCCGAUGGGUAUAUUACUACUGACUCGGUGACAUUUUCCGGUACCGAAACUUCUCAGUUUCCAGUGAAGAAAGAACAGCCGUUAAUUGUUUCAAAUACCACGGUUGAUGAUGCUGAUAUUGUUUACGAUUUAUCUGAUUAUGAGGAAAAUGAGAAAUUCAAUGCCAUGAUUAAGCAAAUUAAACAGACGCAGAAUGAGGAGGAAAGUUCUUUUAAAGGUAUCACCAAUAAAAAAUCUAACAAGAUAAAAACAGGCACGGAAGCAGUUGAAUUCUGUCUUUCUACUGAUUCUGAAAUGGAUGAAAUAUAG